AUGUGGAAGGCUCUCACCUACUUCGUCGCGCUCCCUGGGGUGGCAGUGAGCAUGCUGAAUGUCUUCCUGAAGUCGAAACAUGCAGAGCAUGAGAGGCCGGAGUUCAUCGCCUACCCCCAUCUCCGCAUCAGGUCUAAGCCUUUUCCCUGGGGAGAUGGUAAUCAUACCCUAUUCCACAAUGCCCAUGUGAAUCCACUGCCCACCGGCUACGAAGAUGAAUAAAGAGAACCUGGACCAUUACCUAAGCACUGGGACCACAGUACUGGCUUGGACCAUUAUUCUUCACGUGGACCAGAAAAGUUUACAGGACCUUAAGCUCACUUUGUUUCAAAUGCUGACUAUUAAACUUCUCUCCCAUCUCGACUGUGGCAGGAGAUGGCUUAAAUAAAUAACUUGUUUGGUCAUGAAAAAAA